UGGUGGAAUGGGAGGAGGGUCGUCCAUGGUCUUCCAGUCGUCUUCCUUUUCCUCCAACGGGCGUACUGUUCAUCAGUCUUCGACGACAGCAAGGAUGGGCCCAGGAGGCGUUGCAGAGGUCCAGAGCCAGGUGAGGGAUGGAAGCGGCAGAGAGAGGAUCAUGCUCGAGAGGCGCCUCGGAGAUCGCGCGCGAAGAGUUGAGAAGUCUCGAGACCUCCAGUCCGGGGAGGAGGAGACAACAGACAACACGUUCGGCAUCGAGGACGGACAAGAGGAGCAGUUCGACCAGGAGUUCCACCGAGCGAUGCGGUCCCACGGCUACAUGCAUGGACAUGGCAGGCAUGGUAUGAUCAGUGCCCCUCAGGCCCCUCAGGCCCCUCAGGCCAGGCCUGCAAGGCAGAUCGGAUACUUCCAGCCUGAGCCGCAGGGCCGAGGAUACCCGAGCCACCAGGGCUAUCGAGGACAUGGAUUCUAACAGGCAAGGACGAAUGCUCGCAGAUGCUGCUUGUACUUUUAAAGAAACGAAGCUCUGGUGUUAGUGUCAGUCAAGAACACGAGCAUGAAGCAAGCCUCUCACAUCUUCCUUCCGUAUGAGUGACUUGCGAAAGGCUGACAGGAAGCCUUGAGAUGACUUUCGAUCUUUGACUUAUCGCAUCUCUGUGAUAGCCGUCAAGUCAGUCUGGACAAUUCUAGU